CAAAGAUGUUUGAAAGAAAAGAUAUUCUAAAAGAAAGAGCAACAGAUCUUUUUGCUAUUUAAAGUCUCAAACUCACAUUAUUGCUAGUCAUAUCCAUAUUCCUAUCAAUUUAUGCAAUUAUGGAGAAAGCCUUCAGUUUUUUUCUCUUAAUAUUACUCUUGUUGCUUCACUAUGUUAUGGCUUGUUCAGCCAUGACUAAAACCAACAUUACCACUGAUCAAUUGGCUCUUCUCUCUUUGAAAUCCCAAAUCAUUUCCGACCCUUCUCACUUCUUGGAUGAAAGUUGGUCUCCCGCAAUUUCUGUUUGCCAUUGGGUGGGAGUCACUUGUGGUUCUCGCCACCAGAGAGUGAAGUCCUUGAAUCUUUCUAACAUGGCUCUUAUAGGUAGGAUUCCCCGUGAACUUGGAAACCUCUCAUUUCUUGUUUCUCUUGACUUGGGAAGCAACAAUUUCCAUGGAAAUUUUCCGCAAGAAAUGGCAUGCUUGCGUCGGCUUAAGUUUAUUGAUUUAAGUGUCAACAACUUCAGCGGGAAGGUUCCCUCUUUAUUUGGACUCUUACACCAUCUUCAAGUUCUAAAUCUUGGAAAUAAUAGUUUCACUGGUUCCAUCCCUUGUUCAUUUUCUAAUAUUUCGACACUUGAGACUUUGAAUCUGAAAUUCAAUUCCAUAGAGGGCCAAAUACCAAAAGUGAUUGGAAGUCUUCUAAAACUUAGAGUAUUAAACUUGAGGGGUAACAAUUUGACAGGCUCUAUUCCUCUGUCACUCUCGAAUGCCUCAAGGUUGGAGACAUUAGAUAUAUCUUUUAAUUCACUUCAAGGAAACAUCCCAGAAGGGAUCGGCAAUCUUCACAACAUAAACUGGUUGGUCAUUCAAGCGAAUCAAAUUACGGGUCCUAUACCAUUCACGAUUUUCAAUAAUUCUAGAAUUGAAGUCAUUGCAUUUGCAAGGAAUAGCUUGUCAGGAACUCUUCCCAAUGGUUUAUGCAAUGGUCUUCCGAAACUGAAAGGGCUUUAUCUAUCCACAAACAAGCUUCGCGGUCAUAUUCCUACAAGCUUAUCGAAUUGUUCACAACUUCAGAUUUUGUCUUUACCGGAAAAUGAGUUUGAUGGACCAAUACAUAGUGAAAUUGGAAGAUUGAGUAACUUACAGAUAUUAGGACUCAGAAAUAACCAUUUCACUGGUGAAAUACCCAAAGAGAUAAGCAAUCUCGUUGAAUUGGAGAAAAUUGAUCUUUCACUUAAUAGUUUUAGUGGUUCACUUGAUAUGGAGAUCUUCAACAUAUCAGGGCUGAGAACGAUUGCACUUACAAGCAAUAAUCUAUCAGGAAGCCUCCCGCUAAACAUAGGUUCUAUCUUACCCAACAUUGAAAGACUUUUUCUGGGUA